AUGCACUCCAAAGUUCUCGCCAUAGUGGGCCUGUGUGUCGCUGCUUCUAUUCUGCAUGCGACUGACGCUGCUAAUAGAAUGCCCCCACGUCGUCAACUCGGGUCUUACAAGGACUACGGCCACAGCCAGCACAAGCACGAGCACGACCACAAGAAACACCACCACCACGACAAGAAGGACCACUCGCGCUACUACCGUCGCCGCCUCGAAGAUAAGGACACCAAGGCUACCGAUUAUAAGGACACCAAGGCUACCGAGUCUUCGGACUACAGCUACGGCAAAGGCGAUUAUGGUCACGGGCACGACCACCAGGGCUAUGGCCAUGAUGACUAUGGUCACGAUGACUGUGGCCGAGAUAGCUACGGCCACGAUGAUUAUAAGCACAACGACUACAAGCACAAAGGCUACGGAUACGUUAGUGGCGACGACUACAAGGGCUAUGGUAGCGGCUACAGCUACAGCUAUAAGAACUAUGGAGGCGACUGCGACGACUACUACGGUCACGGCAACGACUACUACCCUGAUUACUACUCGUCAUAUGGUGGUAGAAACCAAGAAUUACAGCACGCGGACGUGCAAUCACUGUCAAUCUGCGUGAGUUUGCAAAACAAACCUUGUGUCAUAUACAAGUAA